AUGUUAAAAACUUUAAAAUUAAUUAUUGAACUAUUUCAAAAUAUUAUGUUGAUGUUAACUAGACGAUAUUUUUCAUCAAAAUAUUUUUCAACUCCACUUGUACGUUUCAUUGAUGAUCUUCAAAAAAGAGAUCUUAUUGUCCUCACACAUCCAAUGUUUCCUUUCAAAGAACAAGAUAUACUAUCCUAUGCUUCAUCUUUGCCUAAUGUUCUUUACGCUGGUUUUGAUGCAACUGCUAACAGUUUACAUAUUGGAAAUUUGCUUAUAUUGACAUCAUUGAUUAGAUCAUCUCAAUUUGGAUGCACUCCUUUAUUAUUAAUUGGAGAAGGAACGGCUGCUGUAGGUGACCCGAGCGGACAAACUGGAGAUAGACAACAAAUAUCAAGGGAUGAAUUGAAAGAGAAUGCUAGAUUUUUGACUGAACAACUGCAUAAAAUAAUGGAAAAUGCCAAUACAUUGUCUGAAUCAAAACCUCUUCCCUUCAAAAUUUUAAACAACAUCGACUGGUAUAAAGAGACUACAAUGCUCGAUUUUCUUAUGUCUAGCCGUAGGUUUAGAGUUGGUGAUAUGCUCAGAAUUGGACCAGUCAAAAAUCGAAUGGACAAUGAACAAACGCUCUCAUUUUCAGAAUUUACCUAUCAAAUACUUCAAGCAAAUGAUUGGUUAUUUUUGUCACAAAAGUAUGAUUGUCUUUUUCAGUUGGGAGGUUCUGAUCAAUUAGGCAACUUUAAAACUGGUUUUGAAAAUGUUCGAGCAGAAACAGGAAAACAAUCUUUGGGAAUCUGUGUUCCUCUUUUAACUGAUGGAAAUGGCAAUAAAUUAGGAAAAUCAGCUAAAGGAAUUGCUGGAACAGGUUUUUGGUUAAGUGUUGAAAAAUCUUCUCCCUUUGCUUUCUAUCAAUAUUUUAGACAACUUCAUGAUGAUAUAUCCGCACAACUUUUUUUGCAAUUUUCUCUUAAAGAGGUUGAAGAAAUUUUGCAAAUUAUCGAAGAACAUAACAAUAAAUUGGGAAAAUGGAUAGCCCAAACACAUUUGGCUGAUGAAAUGACAAGUUUGGUACAUGGACAUGAAGGAUUAGAAUUAGCAAGAAGAUGCUCACAAUUACUUUUUCACGGUAAUAUUUGA